AUGUGCUUCUCGGUGACGACGCGAAACGGAAAUGACGCUGGCUGCUACGAGACGAGCACCGUCGUCCGGGACGACGAGUGCGAGUGCAAAGGAUCCAGCCCCGGCAUCGCCCCGAAGAAGCUGAUUUCUGCCGACCCCCAGCUCGCCAAGCUGUUCAUCGGCAUCGUCUCAUUGGGGAAGAAGAAAAAGCGGCCGAACGCGACAAAGUGCUCGGAGUCCAACUACAUUGGCUACGUCGACGCCGACAUGGACGUCAAACCCCCUCCCCCGGCCACGCGGAAACCUUCCGGAAAACCACAAAAUCCAGGGCAACCCGGCGGCAAGGAUGGGAAACCUGGCGAGACGACGGGACCGGUGGGCGACUCCGUUACGCCGGAUGAGAAGCAGGAACCGCUGAAAUACGUGCUCAUCGGUUUGCCCCUCCUCAUUCUGCUCAUCAUCGCCACGUGCGUGGCCAUCUACUGUUGGCGAAGAAGCGGAAGCGGCCCA